AUGGCUUCUGGGCUUUUCUUCAACCCGCUUAAGCUUCUCCGCGUUGCCCCGCUUCUCAUCACCACAUCGGCGCUAAUCUAUGCUUGGGAUGAGCGCUGGUAUCUGCCAGGCUUCCUACGCUCAGAGCACAAGUCCGAAACUGAGACGAUACUCCCGAGUAACUUCCGUCGCUUCUUCGAACAGGGCGUCUUUAUCGUUGCCGGUCUCAACACCCUCACGGUCUCCACUUCGGUCGCCAAUCUGCUGACUGAUCGUCCGGUACUGGACUGUCUCCGAUCUUCGCGAUGGUACUGGGCGGGCCUGGGCUUGACUGCUUGUCACUUUUUGUUCGUGCCUCUUAUCGCGUAUUAA